UAUUACAUUGUCCCAAUGAUCAUUUUGAUAACGUAAAUGUUUUAAAGAUUUUUCAAUUUCAAUAACGAGUAGUGACUCUUCAUCAAUGGACACUGCGUCUGUUAUAAUGGUAAAUGAAGAAUCAAAUUGUUUUUGUUCAUUAAUAUGAAUGUCACUUUUGAUUUUUGAAAUUGUAUGUCGUACGUAUGCACUUUGAUUAACCGAAGGGAAAAUAUUAUGUUCAGUAGAUGAUAAAAUGCCGAAAAAUUUAUUAUAUGACGAUAGAGUUAGUGCAAAGAACCGCGGAUUGAUGAACUCCUUAUAAGACAAAUUUAUAAAGAACAUCUUGGGGUGUGUAUGAAAACACGAGUGGGCAAUUAAUAUAGAUGAAUAAUAAUAUUAUUCAAAAAUAUGUAAGUAAUUAUAUUUUAAAUCACAUUAUAUAUCUAUUUAUUAUAUAUUUAAGGUCGAUUGCAUCAAACAAUAUUAUCUUAAAGUAAUUAGAAAAAAAAAUUUAAUACAAGAAUAAACAAAUUAAAUAUUACAAUUUUCAUUAUAACUUGUUGUCCUCGUCAUAAUUUUUCAUUGCAACUACGAGACGACGUACCAUUUGUAGUCAAGAACUCGCGUGAUAAUUAUUAUCCUAAAUUUUAAUAUCACUCAUUAUCACUAAUUAUCAUUUAUCAUAUUGGUAUCUGGGUAUGGUGAUAAUGUUCGUAAACGUAAGUACCACAACCACAACUAGAAAAAAAAAUAUAUUAACUACAGAAAUUUGAAAAUUAAUUGGAGAGUUUAAAAAAAUUAUGAAAUUUUAUUAUCAUUAAUUAUAAUAGUGGCGUUCUUAAUUCAUUAUUAUUCAAUAUAUUCAAUGUUGUAGUUAUAGAUCAAUGAUAUAAUUCGUUAGUCUAAAUUAAAAUUAAUAUACAAAAGUAACAUAUUGUGACAUAUAUUUUUCGUGUCUAAACGCUUCUAAUAGCUUUUGAAAAUUUACAAAAUAUUUUUUACAAAACAAAAUUCAGUACAUAAUUUGACUGUUCAUUUACGCAAGUAAGUAUGUUAUUAAUUUACGAACAUUACAAGUAGGUAUGCGAUUAAAAAUAGUAGGUUGAUCAAAUAACAAAGUAAUAAAGUAUAGAAUAAUAUUGGUUAUUCUGUUACCAUUUUUAGUAUUAAGUAUUGACGUACAGUAGAAGAAACAUCAUUAAAAAUGUUUUUAUACCAAUUUAAGUUUUUUGGUAUUAGAAUUUAUUCUAAAUCCAAGUAUCUACUCUCCAGUUUAAGUUAGGUUAGAUAUCCAUAAGGUACUAGUGGGCACCUACUUAUAUUUUUUUGGUAAUUUCUAUUGCUUUUCUAAUAUUUAAAUAAGUAUUAUUAUUAUGUUUAUUGUUAUAGACUACUUAUUUUAUUAUGUUUAAAUGCAUUCAUAUGUCUAUAUAUCGCCUAAUUUUUGUAGAUUUAUUUUAUAAUUUCUUUAUCCAUGUACUGCUAAAGAGAAUAUGUCUGUUUUUAGUUUUUGAAUAUUUAUUAAUUGUUCAAAUCUAUAAUUCUAAAAGUAUGAGCUGCAUAGCAUUUAUGUACAAGCUUUAUAUUUUGUAUAAUAAUAACUAUCAUAUUUAUAUGAGUACCAUGUAGCUGGGUAGUCUAGUUUAUAUUUUAUGUUCUUUAGAAAACUGGUUCAUGCCAUUAAUCCUUAAUAUUAAGUUUAAUAAAGAAUGUUACCUAACAUUAUUACUGAUAAAAUAAUAUGAACCUACCAUAGGUGCCCACUGACUUGUGUGAACUGGGUAGUAUGUAUGUUUUUUUUUUUUUAUAUUAUUUAUUAAGUAUGAUAGCUGUGAUGUUGUUUCGUGAGUUUUAUUCUAUAGUAGUGCUAAAUGAGAUCUUAUGUCUUCAGUUUUUAGUAAAAAAAGGAUUCUUAAAAAAGUGUCGAAGACAUGAACUUUAUCAUAAAUGUGGCACCGAAAUGCAGGUAAAACAAAGAAAAUGUGAUAAUGACCAUCAGUGUCCAAAAAGAGGCUGUUAAACAACAAGAUUGCCAUUGGUGGCAAUUUUUUCAUUAUACUGACUGAACCAACAUUAAAAUUCUUAUUGUUGAAUAUUUCUUUACCCUUUUAAGAGUUUUUAGUUGGAUUUUUAUAUAUUUUUUAAUGAAAUAACAUUUUUGUGGUAGUGAAUUUACAAUGUUUUUACCAUAACAUUUUGACGUGGAUUUUAAUUAUUCAUUAUUAGUAAAAUAGUUUUUAUAACAUUUUUAAAAUAAAUAUUUCAAUAAUAUAAUUUUAGGUACUAUAAUUUAAUGACAAAUAAUAAAUCUUUGAGGGUUUAUCGGCUAUCAAGACCAACUGGUUCCUUAUCCAUGACCAUCCAUAUGAGUUGGUUCUGACUUCACCACACAUGCCCAGCUCGCUGAAAAAUAUUGUAAACAAAUCUAUUAUAUGAGGUGUCCCAUUGCAAUAUAUCUUGAGAUAAUAAAUAUAAUCAUAUUGUUUUUUUUUUUUAAUAUAUAUUGCUUGUUAGCUUAUAGACUAUAAAUAUUUAUAUUUAAAUAAAAUUGUUGUGUUUUGAAAACACUAUAAAAUGACUUAAUUUUAUUAUUUUUGAAAAAUUAGAAGACGUAUCAACAUUUUGUUUUCAUUAUAUAUGUGAUUUUAAAUAAUUGUUUAAAAUUCAGAAAAAAGAGUGUGAUGUCAAUAAUUUUCCAUAGUAAUAAUAAUAAUAAUAAUCAAUUAGCGAAUUACAGCCUGCUGCAUAAUUAUAGAUACUUUAUAAAAUUAUUAAAAAACAUAAAACUUACCAAAAAUAAAAAGUUGAAAUGUCAAAAUGUUCAGAAAAAAAACUAUAAAAUGCCUAUCUUAUAAUUUUUCAAAAAUAAUAAAAUAAAGUCAUUUUUUUUUAGUUUUUUUUUUUAUUUUAACGUAAAAAUUGAAAUCAAGUUUACAUAUUUAUAGUCUUUAACCUAAGUAUAAAAUAACAAGCCGGGCAACUUAGCUCGUGGUCAGGCUACUGUUGUAGGUGAGAAGUUGGGAAGUUUGUAGGGAAAAUUUAAUGUAUAUCUGUCAGCACAAUAAACCAUUGCUAACAAAAAACGAUUCUGAACGGAGUUCAGUUGACAGUGUAUAUUUUCUUUAAUAAUAUUUGUUUAAUUUUGUACUGAUUUUCCUACGUUUUUUCCUAUUUAUUGGGAAAACUCCUGGGACAAUCGAAAAAUUACCUCCUAUAAUACCUUUCCAGUCAGAUUUCCUUUCAGAAAAAGUGUUAUCAUUUUAAAUCAGAGCGAAAUUGCUGAUAGAAAUGGUGUACACAGAAAAAAAAACCCAACAUAUAUUUUUACUAAAUUACUAAAUUUACUAAAUAUACCUUUGUAUAUUUUCCGUUUUUCCGAUAUUUUAUCCCGGUUUUUCCCAGAUAUUAUGAAAACCCCUUGAAAAAUCAAUAAAAAACUAGUCUAAAUUAUCAUGGAGAUAAAAUUUCCUUUCAGAAAAAUAAACUACACUUGAUAUAUCAGAGCGAGAUUUCUGGUAGAAAAGUUUGCAACAAAUCAAGGGGUAUUUUGCGAUUCAAAUUGUCUGAGAAAGCGAUGGCUUGGGUCUCUAGGUACAUCCAAAAAAAAAUGCAAACAAGUUUUUUUCGUCACACUGGAUUGAACUCGGAACCACUAAGAUGUGAUAUUAGGCAUAAAUAAUCAUUAGAAUAGGACAAAUAUGCUUUAAGAAGGACAAUAUAAAGUAUAAUUUUGACACUUGUUUAGUCCGCUUAAUUCUGACUUCACCAUCAUUCCACAUAAAUUUUUCGUCAAAAUAUAUUAUUAAAAUUCACUUAUAAAAAAAAUACAUUUAACUCAAUUUUUAUUUACCACAAAAUAAGACUCUUAUUGAACCUGUUAAAUUUUCAAACAUUUCUUUUUAGUUUAACAAUUUUACCACAGAGUACCUACCGAAUAAAAAUUACGUAUAAAACUAGCAAAAUAAAAAUGUCUAUACAUAGCUCAAAAAUGGCUUUAAGUUUUUGAAAAUUUUGCCACGUCUAGAAAAGGCAAAUAUAAUAUUUUUGUACAAAUUUCAAGUCUACGAAUAUUUUUAACUGAAUUACAAUAAAUAAUAUAAUUGAAAAAUAAUUAAAAUAUUAUUUUCGUAAAUUUCUAGUUUUUCUUAUAUUUUAUCCUGGUUUUACCUAGAUAUUAUGAAAACCGCUUGAAAAAUUAAAAAAUGACACAAAAUAACAUUUAAAUUAAUUUAAUUUUAGAAGAAUUGCACAUUCACAAUAAAAUAAAGAAAAAUAAUUUUAAUAGUAUUUUAAAUGUUCAAACUGAUAUUAAAACGAUAUCUUAUAUCAAUACUUUUUAGAUAAUAAAUAAUAACCAAAUCAUUUAUAUUUCUUAGCAUAUCUAUGUCUAAUAGCUAAUUUUUAAUAUUAAAAUUAAUUAUUUCAAAUCCUUCAUUAAAUUUUUAUAUUCAGUCAUGUUUUACAUUUUGACUGUGAUAUACCUGAUGAUGAAUUUUUAAUUCGAAAACCAGUUGUAUAAUACACUUAUUUAUUCAUUUUUUCUAUUUUUAUAUGUAUAUUUUUUAUUUAUAUAUUUAUUUAUGUUAUUUAUUACUGAGUAUUAACUAUUUUAAUAAUUUUGUUUUUACUUAAUUAUUUUAUUAAAUAUAUAAUGCCCAUUUAAUUAUUUUACCACAGUAUGAUAUGUAUAUGUAAAUAUUUUUGAAAAAGUAUCACUACUAACUCAACUCAGAAUGAUUUUUUUUCGUUAGCAAUGGUUUAUUGUUGCUUACAGAUACACAUUAAGUUCCUUUCUUUAUCUUACUUUCCAAAUUUCCUACCUACAACAGUGGCCGCACCCGUCCCCAUUAUCCAAGGACAGCUUUUUUUAAAAAAAUGAUUAUUUGAUUUCUAUCAACAAGGCUAAAUAUUGAUUUUUCAAUGAAAAUUUACAUUUAAAAAAAUCUUAAUAAUAAUAGGUACAUUGUUAUUAUAGCUUUGUGUAGAAAUCUAUUAUACAGAUUGAUUAAUGACUGACAAAUCACUUAAGGUUAUUAUGUGGUUUUGAAGUAGAUUCAUUGUUUAAACUAUGGAACAAUUACCUUGUAUGCAAUGUUUAUAUAAUAUAAUAUUAUAUUUUUGGCCUUCGUUAAUUUGGUCAUCAGAAGAUUGUAUCGAAUUUAUGACUACUAUUCUUAUUUGGCUGAACCAUAGUAGAAAAGAGUCUUUCUUAUGAUAAAUUUUUUAUUUAGAUUUUUAAAUCAUCAUUUAUGCUUAAUAGUUAUAAGUAUAUAUAAAAUAAGAAAAAUAUAUUUUAUUGAUAUUUGUUUAGAUAAUUACAAUGGCUCAAAAAACAGCUUUAGUUUGUAAAUUGUUAGCUUCAGCAGUAUCUAUUUCCCAUAAAGCUGGUAAAAUAAUUCGUGAUGUUAUGAAAAAAGGAGACUUGGGAAUUAUCGACAAGGUAAAAAUAAUUUGUUUAAAUAUAUUUAUAAAAAUUCAGGGUGAAAUGUAUAAUACAAUAAUGUAUAAAACACCGAUUAUACAUUCUAAAAGAUAGUACAUAGUGAUAAUACUGUAAAUUUAAAAAUCAAAUAAUUAUAAACUUAUACAUUUAUAUAACAAAUUAACAAAUCACAUCAAUUUGGUGAAUUUUCUUAAAUUUAUAAUAAAAUAAAAACAACAAAUGUUAUUAUAAAUAAAGAAUAAAGAUGAACAUAUAAUUAAUAAAACAAAUUAUCAUAAAUUUCUUAGAUAAUUAGCUUAUUCUUCUUAAUAUAUAAUAAUAUAUAAUGGUAAUAUUUCUUACUUCUUAAUUAGUCAUCAUUUAUAAAUCUGAGGUUAUUUAGUUCUCUGAUUUUAAGUGAAAAACACACCUUAUAAUUUUUUUUUUUAUGAUCUAGAGAUAAUCUGUUUCGCAAAUUAUUAUGUAUAUAGGGUGAUCAAUCUAUCAUAAGACACUUGUUAUCUUGAAAAGUAUUAACUUUUUCCGGAAUUUGUUUUCUAUAAUAUUUAAAAACAAACGGCUCUACAAUUUUGUAUUUAUUUUAUUUUUUGUCACCCUUAUUUUUGGGAGUAAAACUACUACCUACUUUUGGUUUUAAAAUAAUAACCUAUGUUAUAAAUUCAAUAAAUAGACGAAGAAUUAGUUAAAAUUUAUUUUAAAUAAUACUCCAUUUAUUUAUGGAAUUUUUAAUAUAGGUUGUCAUUUGAAAAUCAAAAGUAGGUAGUGGUUUUAACCCUUAAAAUAAGGAUGACAAAAAGUAAUACUAGUAUAAAAUUGUAGAGCAGCGUGUUUUUUUAAAAAUUCUAUAAAAUAAAUAACAGAAAGAGUAAUAUUUUCGGAUAUAAUGAGUGUUAUGAUAGAUUGAUUACUUCAUAUAUGAUCAAUUCGAAAAGGCCGUACUAGGAUAAUGGGGACGGGUGCAGCCACUGUUAUAAGUAAUUUAAUAGUUAAUGUAGGUAUAUCUGUAAUAAACAAUUAACCAUUGCUAACGAAAAAAUGAUUCUGAGCGGAGUUUAGUUGAUAGUGAUGCUUUUUCAAUGAUAUAUAUGCUAUAUUAUGAUAAAAUAAUUAAAUAGGCAUUAUAUAUUUUUCUUUAAUGAUAUUUUUUUAGUAUUGUACCUAUUUUUCUGUUUUUUAUAUUUAUUGAGAAAACUCUUGAGAAAAUUAAAAAAAUAACCUUCUCAAAGUACUACCCCAGUCAGAUUUAUUUUCAGAAAAAGUGCUAUACUUGUAAAUUGAAACAAGAUUUCUGAUUUUUGAAGUUGUUAAUAGAUACAUCAUUGUAAAACUAAUACAUUCUUUGCUCUGCUCAGAAUUUAAAACACUCUAAUUGGGCUGUAGAAAAUACUUAAUCCUAAAUUUAAAUAUAUAUAUAGUAUACAGAUAUAUUUAAAAUAUCAAUUGAUAAUUGAUAACACAAAAUAAAACUUUUAUACAGUAUAAAAUAGUAAAACAACAUAGUUUUAUAAGUUCUAACUCUGAUAAAAAUUUCUUAAUUUUAUAUUGUAUAAAAAUUUUAAAAUUUGUUUUAUUAUGGCUGCAUUGUAUAAUGUGUUAUAUUAAUUGUUAAUAAGCUUAUUUUUUUUAAUAAUUUUUAAUUUUUUUAAAAAAUAACAAAAACUUAUUAGUUUUAUUUUAGUUUUAAAUUUAAAUAAAUUCACCAAGAUAGAUGUGAUUUGUAUUAAUUUAUAUAUAAUAUAUUUUAGAUGUUUUAUUGAGACAAUAUUAUUUUUACAAUGAAGUGUUUUUAUUUAGUUAUUUUCUGGUUGAACUGAAAAUAUUAUGUAAACUGCAGUAAAAAUUUAAUAUUAAAACUGAAUUGAAAAAAAAAUAAAUAUAUGUAUAUAUAUAUAGUUAUAUAUAGAUUUUAUAGUGAAUAUAGAAUAAUAAUACAUAUAUUCCAUAUCAUAAAUAUGUAUUUAGUUUUAUACAUUAUGUAUUAUGUAGUGUAUAAAAUGUUUUAUAUAUUUAUUUUACUAAACUGUAUAUUUUUUUAAAUUUAAAUUCAUAUACACAUGAUUACUAAGCUCCAUUGAGAAGACUGGUGUAAGGUAUAUAAUAUUAUUGUUUAAAAUGUCUUUAGUUGGAGAUGUGUUUAGUGCUUAUUUUUAUAAUUAUUAAAAAAAACUAUUUUUAGGGUGAAAAUGAUUUACAAACUGAAGCUGAUAGAUCUGCACAACGUUGUAUUGUGGCAUCUUUUAAAAGUCUCUAUCCUAAUAUAUGUAUUAUCGCAGAAGAAGUGGAUAAAAUUAGUCAAAAUUUAGAUGUUCCUAAAGAUUGGUUAAUUUCUGAGCUUGACAAGGAUAUAUUGGAUCUGGAAUGUCCAAAAUCAUUACUGAAUGUUACAGAAGAUCAAGUAAGUGUUAAAAGAACUUACAAUUUUUAUAAAGUAUAAUAGUUAUAAAUUUACAAAAAAAUUUAUCAAAAGUUAAAAUAAUAGAUUUUAUUUUAAAAUUAUUAUUGUCUUAAUUUAUUUUAGAUUCUGAGUGUAAAAAAAGAAUAUAUUGGUUUUACCAAAAUAUUUUUUUUUUUUAUGUAAACACUAAUUAUUCCUAACUCCAAUGUAUAGGAUCUAGACUAGCUUUUCUCAAACUAGGCACCCACUGGUGAGUCCCUGUCAAUAUUUAAUGGGUCGUGAUAUUGUAUUGAAUUAUAUAGACUACAAGAAAUAUAUGGUUUUAGAUUAUGAGCUUAGCAAUUUUUUGGUUUUGGUUUCAAUACAAUGUUUCUUUUUUUAUUAUUAUUUGAUUUAUCUGUGAACAACUUUACUACUAGCAAUUUUGCUCCAAUUUUCAAGUGUAGCACUUUUUCUGAAAGGAAAUCUGAUUGAGGUAGUACUUUCUUAAAGUCAUUUUUUUUAUUAUCCCUGCUGUUUUCAUAAACUAUUUUUUGAAAACUGAAACUAUGUGGAUGAUAGAUUUUCGGGGGGGGGGAGAAUUUAAGUCAUGAUUUUUAAAAGAUUGAGAACCACUGAUGAAGAUCCUUUUUGGGGGUGGUACUUUAGAGAUGUAAUUUUUCUAUCUUCUAAGGAUUCUUUUAUCAAAUGUGAAAAAAAAAAUAAGUAAAAUGUAUGAAAUAUAUCAGUAAAAUAUUUCAGCCUUCUUGUUUUCCUGUGAAAAACUUUUCUACCAGCAAUUUACUUCAUUUCAUUUCAAACUAGCCUCAUUUACAAUGAUAACACUUCUUUUAAAUAUCAUGUGACUGAUAAGGUAUUUUAAGGAUAUUACUUUUUCGGUUUUCUAAAAAGUUUUCCUAGCAAUUGUGAAAGGUUCAUUAAACAAAUAUUAUUAAAAAAAAUACAUAAUGUCUAUUUAAUUAUUUUAACAUUAUAUGACAUAUAUAUUGUUGACAAAGCACCACUGUCAACUGAUCUCUGCUCAGAAUCCUUUUUUCCUUUGCAAUAGUUUAUUGUUGCUUACAGAUAUACAUUCAAUUUCCCCUCUACUACCUUCCUAAUUUUUUAUAUUAUUAUUAGGAUACAGAACAUAAUUGAAUUUAUAUAUGUAAGCUACAAUUAACCAUUGUUUAUGAAAAAUGUUUUUGAGCAGAGUUUGGUUGAUAGUGUUGCUUUUUCAAUAAUACAUAAGUCAUAUUAUGGUAAAAUAAUUAAAUAGGCAGUAUAUAUUUUCUUCAUUAAUAAUUUUUUAACAUUGUACUGAUUUUCCGGUUUUUUACAUUUAUCCCGGUUUUCCCAUUUUUUCCCCAGUUUUUCACAUUUGCUAGGAAAGAACUUGAGAAAAUUGAAAAAUGGCAUCCUCUAAGUACCUUACCAGUCAGAUUUUUAUUCAGAAAGAGUGCUAUCAUUAUUAAUCUGAGCAAAAUUGCUGGUAGAAAAUAUGUUCCCAGAAAAAAAAGUCAAAAUAUUUUUCAACUCAUUCUUAUAUUUCAUACAUUUUCCCAUUUUCUUUUACUUUUUCCUAUUUGUUGAGAAAACUUCUGGGAAAAUUAAUAAAUUACCUUCCUAAAAUACCUUCCCACUCAGAUUUCUUUUCCCAAAUUUAACCAGAUAACCAUUAUCUAAUGAUAGACAUACUUUAGUGUGAACAAUAUAGAGUUACUUAACAUAAUAUUAUGUAAUAUCCACAUAAUAUUAGAUUUUCAAAAAGCUAUAAUUUUGAAACUUAAUUUCUUAUUUUUGACUUUAUCAUCGAUCUUAAAUUGGCAAUAUAUAUACAUGUUCAAAAAAAAAAAAGACAAUUUUAAAAUUAGAUUUGUUCCACAUAAUUUAAUAUUAAAAUUCCCUUAUAAAAAAAAAAAUACUACUUUAAACUCUAUUUUUUUGACCACAAAGUAAUACUAUUGAUGAACCUCCUAUUAAACUUUCAAGCAUUUCUGUUAAGUUUAGCAAUUUUACCACAGAGUACCUACUGAAUAAAAAUCACAAAAUAAAUAUUUAAAAUUAAAUUUGUUGAGUUUUACCACAUCUAAAAAAGGCAAAUACAAGUUUUUUAUCCAAAUUUUAAAUCCAUUAAUUGGAUAUUUCAAUAUCCAGUAUAUUUUCAACUAAAUUUUAAUAAAUUUUUUAAAAUUUGUAUAAAAGAUUAAUAAUGAUUCAAAUGUUUUGAAAAUUUUACCAUGUCUGAGAAAAGGCAAAUAUAAGUUUUCAAAUUUCCAGUUCCUUCUAAUAUUUUUAACUGAACUACAGUAAAUAACAAAAUAAAAAAAAAUAAUGAAAGCAUUAAUUUCAUACAUUUCCCAUUUUUCCUAUGUUUUUUCUCGCUUUUUCCUGUUUAUUGAGAAAACUGCCUAAAAAAUCAAAACCUGACUUCCUUAAAAUACCACCCCAAGAAAAUUUCUUUUCAGAAAAAGGUAUACAUCCCAGCAAGAUUUCUGGUAAAAUUUGUGUACACUGUUUAAAAAAAUUUAAAAAAUAAAAAAUAAUUUUUAUAAAACCACUACAUUCUUUGCUACACUCAGAAUUUAAAAUAAUGUGUUGACACUUUGAAGAAUAAUUCAUAAUCAUGUUUUGUAUGUGUUAUAUCAAUAUGUGUAGGGUGGGGGGAAUAUCCUUAUGAGAGAGGAAUCCUCACAAUAGAUAUUUGUACAAAUAGUACAAGUUUUUACAUAUUAAAUGGAAUUGAAAGUAAAACCUGUAGAAAUUAUAAAUAUAAUCAUAAAUGUUAAUGUAAAAUGUGUGUGUGUGUGUGUGUAAUCAUAUUGUUAUACAAUUUGAUUUGUGUAAUCUAACCUUACUUUAAUUCUCUACCUUAAUAACCCCACCUCAAACACACUUUUAUCUAUAUGGUCAUUGUGCAUUUUAUAUAUUAACCAGUAUGGUAUCAUAUGAAUAGCCAUUAGUCAUUUACUCAUACUGCCAGAAAAACAUAUGAAUUUUAGCUUCUUGUACAUCAUCUAGUUGUUCUUGAUUAGUUACUAAGUCAACACUACCAUAAAAUUUGCCAUUUAGAUAUGUUAUUUGUUUUCUGAUUUACUUUCAACCACAAUGCUAAUGUUACAUAUCAUUUGUUGAACAGAUUUGCUUACUUAUAGGGUUAUACUUUGAAGUGCAUCUUUAUUAAACCCAGGUUUCUUUAAAAUACUAGGAUGUGGAAAGGAAACUACAAAGUACUAGUGAUUUCUAUUAUUUUAUUUAAAUUAAGUUAGUUAAUUUAUUCUGAAAUUCAACAACUAUGUAAAAAUCAUAAGUUAUUAUAUUAAGUUAAUCAGAAACUAACAAAUGAUCACAAAUAAUAAUUGUAUAAAUAAUUAUAAUUACAUAAAAUCAUAUUAAAACAAAUAUUAUUAUUUUAUGCUAUACAAAAUUAAUUUAAAUAUUAAAAAUAGUAUUACUAAUAUAUGCAUUUUCAAAUAUUAAAUUAUUAUUUUUCAAAUGCACAAAUGUACAUUUUGGCAUCCAUUGUGUAUGAUCUAAGUGUAUAACACUAGCUGAUCACUCUGUUUUUUUUUUUUUUUUAUACUGCAUUUUUUAAAUUAUUAUAUUAAUAUUUUAGAUUUUGUAUGGACCAAAUUGUUUUACAAAAAUGUUUUUUUCUUUUUCUGUGGACAACUUUUCUACCAGUCAUGUUCCUUCGAUUUUUAAGUAUAGCACCUUUUCUGAAAGGAAAUUGAUGUGGGAAGGUAUUUUAGGGAGGUAAUUCGAUUUUCCCAAGAGUUUUUCCAGAAAAUGUGAAAAACUGGAAAAAUCAGUACAAUAUUAAAAAGAUAUUAAUUAAGAAAAUAUAUAAUGCCUGUUUAAUUAUUUUACCUUAAUAUGUCAUAUAUAUUUUUGACAAAUCAUCACUAUCAACUGAAUUCAGCUCAGAAUGGUUUUUUAGUUAGCAAUAGUUUAUUGUUGCUUACAGAUAUACAUUUAUUUCUCUUCUGUAUCCUACCACCCCAAAUUUCCAUCUACAACAAUGGCUGCACCCUUACUCAUUAUCCUAGGACAGCUUUUUACGAAUAAAUAUGAAAAGGUUACUACCUCAUAAAGUUAUUGACUUUUUUAUUACACAAAACUUUAUCCAUAAUUGUAACUUAUAAAGCAAUAUAAAGUUUUUUACUUCAAAACGUUCAAAUAUAUAUUUUUAUUUUAGAUUACUAUAUGGAUUGACCCAUUAGAUGGAACCUCUGAAUUUACAAAAGGUAAAUUGUUGUUAAAUGUAUUACUUUGUAUUUACUGAGAAUUGUAUAUUAAUUUCUAUUGUAUUUAUCUUUUUAAAUAUUUAUAGGACUGAUUGAUCAUGUAACAAUACUAAUUGGAGUUUGUGUUAAUGAUGAUGCUGUUGCUGGUGUGAUAUAUCAACCAUUCUGGAAAAAUCAAGGAAGAGCUCUCUGGGGUCUUGUUGGUAGCGGUGUUGGUGGAUUUGAGUUAAAAGAACCACCAACAGAUAACAAAGUUUAUGUUACCACUAGAAGCCACUAUGAUAAAACUAUAGAAUCAUUUAUUGAUGGUUUAAAACCCUGUGAAAUCAUACGGGUGGGUGGUGCUGGAAAUAAGGUAUAUAAAGAUUACAACCAAGGUCUGCUUUAUUAGUGGAUUUAUAUUAGGUUAUAGUUAAUUUUUUUUUAAAAAAAAAAUGUUUAGGUGCUAUAUAUAUUGGAGGGUAAAGCCCAUGCUUAUGUUUAUCCAAGUUCUGGUUGUAAACGAUGGGAUACUGCUGCCCCAGAAGCAGUUCUCAGAGCAGCUGGAGGAAUUUUAACUGAUAAAUUUGGAAAUAAAUACAGUUAUAGCAAAGAUAAUGAAAAAGAUCCAUUAAAUAAGGAUGGUGUAUUUGCCACUUCUCCUGCCAUUAAUCAUAUUGAAUUCAUGAAACUUAUUAGUGACAUUCAAUCAAAAAUGUAAAAAUAAAAUAAAAUUUUUAUCUGUAUAGUCUAAUAUAAUUUAUGUUGACUAUAUAGGACAGAUUGUAUAAUUAUUGUACCUUAAAAGCUAUCCAGGUUUCUAUUAUUCAUAGAUUAUAAAAUAAUCAUAAUAUGAUGACAUUAUCAGAC